GAAGGGAUCCUCCCAGCCCAUGUUAGGAGAUGUUUCAUUAAGUGUUUCGGAGCGGAGGAGACAGCGUGUCCGGAGACAUCGCAGGAGACACCGGCCGAGACAGGACAGCCAUGGCCCAAGCCAAGAUCCAGGCCAAAGCCUCGGAUGGGAAGAAUGGAGGAAAGUUCUGCAGGUCACUGUCCAUGGCAGCCCGGUCCAGCCAUCUGCUGGAGACAUUGGAUGAGCUGGAAAUCAGGGUACAAGCUUUGCGUGAUGCAGCAUCUACACUUGAGGUGGAGAAAGAAACUCUGAUAGAGUUAAUCCACAGUAUUCAGAACAGCCAAGACAUGAGGAACAUCAGUGUUGGUGAGAGGGAGGAACUCACGAUAACCGCUGGUCGACUAAUGAAUCGCACCUUGACUGUUGAAGUCUCCUUAGAAACCAUUCGAAACCCGCUACAAGCUUCAGCUCUCCAGCAAGCCACCACCAUUAUUGAUGAGAUUUCCAAGAAUGUGGUGGAAAACUUGGAAAAUGGCAAGAAGCAAUUGUUAUCCCUGUAUGCAGCUUGCACAUCAGAUGUUCCACCUGGGCCAGUCGACCAGAAGUUUCAGUCCAUCAUUAUUGGAUGUGCAUUAGAGGACCAGAAGAAAAUAAAGAGAAGGCUGGAAACACUUAUCAGGAACAUAGACAGUUCAGAGAAGUCCAUUACGCUGUUAGAGCACCAGAGGCAGAAAAAAGCAUUGAAUUCUCUUAAUAGCAAUAACGUGUAAUGUCACAAUUAGAACAUCCACUCGCGCAUACACAGAAAAGAGAAUGCAUUCAUUCUGGUGACAGCUCAGUUAAUAGUCAUUUAUUUCAAAUAUUUUCAUGCAAUAAUAAUUGUAUAUUUGUCUAGUCCACCUCUUCGAUAUAUGUGCUUUACAUUUUCUGUUAAAAUGUUCAUUCUACAUGUGUUUUCACUGAAUUACAUGGAUAUUAUCACAUGGAUUUUUUUUAAUAAUACAAACUCUGGAUAUCUAACCUCUAUUCACUGAAGAGAUUGCGUUUUUUGCUAUGACAAAAAAACAGGUUAAGAAACAGGAGGUUAAUUAUGUUGGGGGGGUAGGCUGGCAAUGCCUGGGGGGGGGUGUUGUGACCGCCAAAUGUGUGUACGUUGUUUACACAUCCAUAUGCAUCAUUGAAUAAAGACCCUGAGACCCCAAA